AUGGGUCUGGGCUUUGUUGACAAGGCUGGUAUUAAUCACCCCUCCGUUGCCCGACCCCUCACGGAGAAAUUAGUGGUGGGCGUCCUCAUUAAACUGUCGCACUUCGAUUGGGAAAGUUUCUCGCAAAAACCUGUUUCCGAUGUCACCGUAACAUCUAAUGCCACCAGACUGAUAGAGUACAAUGAUACCGUCACACUAACCUGCUUCGCAAGAGGCACGGCAGUCUCUUACCUGUGGCUUAAGGAGAACAGGCCGAUAAUUCCUGGUGGCAGGUUUGAACUGGGUGCCGAUAACAGCACACUCGCUGUUUCAGGAGUGCUGCGGACAGACGGAAGUUUCACCUGCAGAGCGAGCAACUCGAUAAACUCCCUGACAAGCAACCCGUUGUAUCUCGAUGUCUACUGCGCUGAAUUGAACUGGCAACUGAACGGUGUCCAUCUACAAAGUGGGCAGCUUCUCAUCCUCGACAACACCUCUGCGAGCCAGACGGGAAACUACACCUGUGAGGCUUAUAACAUGUUUACAAUGAGGAAUAGUGCCUCAACCAAGGAAAUCAAAGUGUUCGAGCCGGUGACCGGGGUUACUGUGGUGGCCUAUGAUUCCACUCCCCUGGAAAACCUUGAUACCAUCGCACUGAGUUGUGAUGCCUCGGGCACUGUUGAGACGCGGACAUGGUUCAAGGAUAACCAACCCAUCCAGGAAAACGAAAGAAUGUUUAUAUCUACCAACAAGGCGAAACUGAUUAUAAUCAGUGUUAACAGAAACGACGCAGGGACGUACAAGUGCAUCGCCAGCAACUCUUUCAGCAAGAAGGUCAGAAUCCUACCGGAGCAUCCAGUUGUAUCCAAUAUUGUGUCAAACCUGACAUUAACUUGCUUUGCUCUGUCAGUCCCCUGGGGUGCAUAUGCAUGGUACAACAGGAACGAUCUCCUGCACACAGGGCAGGAACUCACACUUGUGUCAAUGAGCUCGGUUAAUGUUGGGAGUUAUACAUGUCGGGUUACUAACGGCGUAACCAACAGGAACAGUAACCUCACUGUCCAUGUUACAACACGAGCACCAAAGGCAUGUGACAAUAUCCCCCUCACCCCUGGCGCAAUCGUGGGCAUUGUACUUGGUUUACUUGGCGUGGGGCUGAUCGGAGGAGCCAGUGGAUGGUUCAUCGCAAGGAAAACGGGCGGGAUCAAAAAUGCACCACAAUCCCAAUAUGAGACGACCAUCAAUUCCGGAAGAAAGAGCACCUCGGAUACAAAGACCGUGAACGCACCGCGAACCUACGAAAAUUUCCCAAGCAAUGAACAGGAACUUAAUCUGGGCGAUCGAUCUGUUUACAGCGAUCUGAGGAGGUGA